UGGAAAACCUAUCUUGGUAUAUUAGAUUAAAGAACCUUGCACGUUAUAAUUUACACGAUGAUCCAACAGCAGGUCAUCUAGGACAAAAUGUUACCAUAGCAAAAAUCAAAGAACGAUUUUAUUGGCCUACCAUAGUCAAAGGUGCUCAGAAAUAUAUCCAAAUUUGCGAAGAAAAGGAAAUGAAAUCGAAAAUUACAGUGUUAAACCCUCGAACCACCGAAUAUGAAUUUCUCGGCCCAAUUGGGGCCUCUCUCAUGAUAGUUGUUCUUCCUGGAAUACUUUAUCUACUUCAUCUGGGCUGCACUCCAGAAGGAUGUCCUAGCCGCGAAUUAAUAAACAAUCUUCUGACACCUUCAUACUUUAUAUCACUCUUUACUCUCGAUAAAUUUUUCCGAUUAUUUGACCUCCACGCAUUCUUGAUAUACGUUGUGUACUUAUUAUAUCUCGUGGUCAGCUGGUACUUGUUACCAGGUCGUUGGGUACAAGGGACUACAUUACGCGAUGGCAAUAAGUUACUAUACAAAGCGAACGGAUUCAAGAGCUUUGUCAUUACUAUUGGAGGCAUGCUUGCGAUAAUUUGGUUCAAAGGAUCAGAUUCGAAAAGGGCAUGUGUUAUUGGCGCUUGGUGGAAAUUCUGGAAACGUUAUUUACGAUGGCGUGAAUUAAAUCCACGUAUCGGAUGGUUCGAUAUAAAGUAUUUUAUCGAACUACGAGCAGGAAUAUUCGCAUGGACCAUAUUGAAUAUAGCAAUGGCUGCGAAACAGUAUAAUGAUCUAGGCGAUUUAACAAUGGCAAUGUUUCUAGUGGUUCUUUUUCAGGGAUGGUAUACUAUAGACUCUGCAUACAACGAGCCAGCGGUCUUAACAACAAUGGACAUCACAACUGAUGGAUUCGGAUGGAUGCUCUCGUUCGGAAAUAUUUCCUGGGUUGGAUUUCUGUAUGGCUUACAAGCACGAUAUCUCGCUAUACAUCCCGUGCAUUUAUCUUGGUUGCAAACGGCUUUUAUCGUGUGUACCCAGGCUGUGGGAUAUGCCAUUUUUCGAGGUGCCAAUAAUGAGAAGAACUUGUUUCGGAAUGAUCCUGAGGAUGCAAGAGUUAAACAUUUGAAGUAUAUUACUACAGAAGCAGGGUCACGGCUUAUUAUUUCUGGAUGGUGGGGUAGAGCUCGGCACAUUAAUUAUUUAGGUGAUUGGAUCAUGUCAUGGGCAUGGUGUCUACCGUGUGGAUUCGACAACAUCUUUCCAUACUUUUACGUUCUCUAUUUUGCCGUACUAUUAAUACACCGUGAAUUACGUGAUGAGGAGAAGUGCCGUCGUAAAUACGGAAAAGAUUGGACACGGUAUUGUGAGAUUGUACAGUGGCGGAUUAUUCCUGGCAUUUACUAG